AUGAAACAAAGAACGGCAUUCAAUCAGCCUGACAAAAAAGAAGGUUACGCAUCGUUGUCUCGGACCACAUCUUCAAAUCUUCCUGUGAUAUCUUUCCAACAAUAUGUGCAAUCUUGGUCAGGGAAGCAGAUUGCUCGUUGGGUUGAAGGCCUUGGAGAUGCGAUGAAUCCAUAUCUUGGAACGAUUCGCGACAGUAUACGAAGCGGAAAGCACCUACACCUAAUUGACGACGAGAUGUUGGCUAAUAUCGGAAUCACAGCUUUGGGUCCCCGAAAAACUAUAUUACAGGCUGUUCAGCUGUUACUAUAUUUUGUAUAAGCUCCGUCAGAAAACUUGCAAAGCCUAUCUAUGAAAGUUGUUAUUGCUUGCAAAGCAGUUGCUCUUGAGUUGGGUAAGGCUUUGCGAUGCAGAGACGAGAAGCCGCUAACUAGAAAUCACGUUGUUGCUGUGCUGAACAGCAUCUCUUUAUCUAUGUCCAUUUUAGUUGAGCAUGUGAAGAAACUUCUUUUUUGGCUAGACAGGAGCCCCUUCGACGAGCUUGUGCAAUAUAUCGAACUGAGAAACCGAAUUUCCGUCUCCAUCUGGGAUCUCGUGCGCAGUGUCAACGUUCAGCCAAAAACUCUUUUCGAAAUCGCAUCAGACAUCAUUCAGCGUUCCCAAGCUACUCUUAUGUCAUUGUGGAUAUUAGAGAACACAUCAUAG